CCACUAAAAAAUCACUCAAUACCACAUUGAUUAUUUUCAAGGAGUGGUAGUGAUUUAUAAGGUCAACUUAACCAUAUUAAUUAAAUUGGUUUAAACUGGGCCUAAAUGAUGGUAUUUUGACCUCAACACACACCACUUGACCCACCAAACACCCACCUAUCAUGCAAGAGGGGUCAAGUGCCAAACGUGUUGACACCCUUCAACAUUAACCACCCAAGUCGGCAUGGUGGGGGCAAAAUUUGGCUAAGUGUUAAGACCCAACCAACAAGUGUUGUGACUCAUAGCACAAGGGGGGUCAAGCAUGACAUCGUCCAAGGGAGGUCAAGCACGGCAUCAUCCAUGUCAUACUGUCCAAGGGGGGUCAAGCACCAAGUACCAUGACCGCCUACCUACCUUGCACUCGGGUAUAAAGCAUGAUGACGUGCAAGGAGGGUGAUAUCAAGUACCCCUAGUCAUGAUGGGGAAACAAGGCGAAAUUUGGUUAAGUGUUGAGCCUUAACCACAAGAGGGGUCCGCCUACCUACCCUUGCACUCGGGGUAUCGAGCAUGUGGCCACAAAGGAUGGAGAAAUUUGGCUAAGUGUUGAGCCUUAACCACAAGAGGGGUCAAACAUGACAUCGUACCAGGGGGUCCAGCGUGAUGUCAUGUAAGAGGGGUUAAUCAUGAUUCAUGUGAGCCUUAACCACAAGAGGGGUCAAACAUGCCAUCGUACCAGGGGGUCCAGCGUGAUGUCAUGCAAGAGGGGUUAAUCAUGAUUCAUGUAAGGGGUGUCAAGCAUGGUGUCGUGCAAGGACAUCAACACAAGUAGCAGGCAUCGCAUGGGUAGUUAUGUCAGCCAUGUAUAUCAUCACAUGGUAGACCACCUUGUCAAGACCCUGCAAGCAUGAUGCCACCCCAAGGGGGUCAGUGUGCGUCCAUCAAACCCCCAAGCACUCUGGUGUCGAGCAUGACGUCAUGUCAAGGUGGUUAGCACGAGUACCACCAAGCGUGAAUCCUUCACUUACCAAACAAGACACCUCCAUGGCACAAGGGUUUAACUAUCAAGUGAAGUCAUCAAGUGGCAAGCACGCAUGACAGUCAAGGCGUCAAGCAAGCUACAUCAAGCACUAAGCAGUGGAGCAGCGGUUACCAAGAGGCGGUUGCACGACGGUUACAAAGGAUGAUUAUAAAUAGGAGAAACAAAGACGAAGCAAGGGUUCCACAACCAAAAAUUUGACACCACAUGUCAAACUUAUCUUUUCUCUGCAAUGUAGCCAUAACUGUAGCUUUUAGUUUUUGGAGCUCUCACUGAACCUCCGUAGGAAUAGAGUUACAUAACUUAGCUUGUUCCCAAAAAACCAUCAAACACCCGCGUUCGAACAUUGUUCAGAGAGGAGUGAACGGUGUUAUUAUCGUUGUUCAAGAAGUCAAAGGUGCAUUCAAUAUUGUGUUCAAACACCAGAUUUUCCUCGCCGGAAAACAAGAGUGAUAAUACUUUUAGUGUUAUUUUCCUAAUAAAAUCUUUUUUAAUAAAGGACACACAGGUAAAACCAUGUAAAAGUAACAAUAAAAUUUAAUUAAAAUCCAAGACAUUUAUCUUUGAUCUCUCUCGAAUCUGACCCUUUUAAGAUCUCAUUUUUACUCUUCGACUUCUGGCACCCCAAUUAUUCUCUAUCAAUAUCCACUUCUGGCACUCACCAUCGUUUCUUCUCCUCCAUUGUGCUUCUUUUGAUCCUCAUGAUCAAUCCACUUUACUUAUGGAGCAGUUCUAGCAGUUCAAGUGAUAUCCAACAGUUAGACCAAAAUGUAAAUUUUAAUAAAUUUAGAUACUAAAGUGUCAUAAUAAAAAAAUUAAGGUACCCAAACAUAUUUUGCAAUCUCAUUUUGCAUAGAAACAUUAGAUUAUAAGUACCAAACAGUGAACUAUAAAAAUAUAUGUACUAACCUAUAAUUUGUCAAUUAUUCAUGAAUCCAAUUGGAUUUGAAUUAUAGAUUGUCAUCUCUCUUCUCUUCAUGGCCAAGAUUCGACCGCAUGGAUGACUAACUCAUCGCAUCUCCAAAAUAGAUUGUCGCGGUGGUUUUCUUGAGUGUCCCUUUGCCAUUCUCAUUUCUGAAUACGAUCCUAGUUCUGUUAAUGAUUUCCGCCAAUACAGUGUCGUGUUCUACAUAAAUGAAGAAAUUGUGCAUCGUUGGAGAUCGAGGAUCGUCGUUCUCUUGUUGUCGCUGAAGGCAAUGUUGUACAGCGGCUUUGUGGUGUCGAAGAGGAGAAGGAUCAAUUUAUUUAAGAGAGACCUCUCCAUUGAUGAAAUGAGAGUCGUGGUCUCGUGGAGAUUUGCAACCAAAUGAACAUAGUCGAUUCCUUCUUAGCGAAGAGACUCCUGUUUUUUUUUUUUUGGCUUUUUUUGUUUGAGUAAGUAUGAGAUGCAUCUGUAAUCAAGUUUUGAUGUAGAAAGUAGUUGUAGAAGGAAGUUAGAUUAUAGUGGUGGUGGCCUGGGUUAGUAGAGUAUAUAGUAGCAGCAUAUAUAGGUCUGCAGCAAAGCUUCUGUACGAAAUGUGUAUAGUUUUUGUAGUCCUCCAAAUUGGGGGCUACCAUGAUCUUAAUAAAUUUUGUUAUUGUCCAUAAAAAAAUUAUGAGAUGUUGGGACUUUCCAGAUGAGUGUGUACCUAAGAUACUCCAAAAACGGGAGAUUAAGAUCAGAGUCGCAAACUAUAUUUAUUUUUUGAAAAGAAUAUUUUCAUUAUUUAUAAAGUUUUAGGUUACAGAAAUUUUCUUCUAAGGAUAAACAUAUCACCAUUUUAGGUUUUAGAGUUAAAACGUUAAAGCAAACUUAGAUACAUUCACAUCCUUCGUCUCCCUCGCAAUCGAUCCUCUGGCGAGGAAAUUGGGGGUGAAAUAUCUGUGGGGGAUUGUCAAUUUCUUCCUAGGGGUUUGCUUUGUGAUGGGUUGGUUCGUUAGGGUUAAUGAUCAAUUCGAUCGUCCUCCUCUUUGUCUCCCUCGCAAUCGAUCCUCUGGCAAGGAAAUUGGGGGUGAAAUUGCUGUGGGGGAUUGUCAAUUUUGUCCUAGGGGUUUGCUUUGUGAUGACGAUCGAUAUCACUAGAGUGGCGGAAAGAGAGAGAGAGAAGAGGAGCAACGGCGAUGUGGUGGUGGUGGAGCCGUCGGUGAGGACUAAGAGCGCGGCGUUGGCUGUGUUCGGAGUUUUGGGCCUGCCGCUGGCGGUGACAUACAGUAUUCCGUUUGCGAUGGCGUCGAUCUACUCGCAUAGAUCUGGGGCGGGGCAGGGGCUUUCGCUUGGGGUGGUGAAUAUGUCGAUCUGUUUUCCGCAGAUGGUAAUCUCGCUGUGGAGCGGGCUGUUCGACGCGGCGUUCGGCGGUGGGAACUUGUCGGCGUUCAUUGUUGGGACGGUGGCGGCUUUUGUUAGUGUGAUCUGUGCCGCUACUAUGCUGCCGAAGCCGAAGGGUGCGGCGGGAUGGUUUCGAGGUCGAGACCGUUGUGCAGCUUCAACAGAGGCGGUGAAGUUGGGUUUUUCGCGGGGUCGGAGCGAGAAGCUCUGUUUCCGGAGCAAAAAACACUCCAUCUCUGCGGCUCGGAGCUCUAGGAUCAAUUGGCUGGUAUUCGGCCCUAUCGGAAUCAAAGCUACCGGCGGAGAUUGCAUAGUACGGGACCACAAGAUCGGAGCACGAGACGGCGGGAGGAAAUGAAAUCGGUGUGUCGAACGGUUUCUUGUGACCGCCGGCAACGAUAAGCCGGGAGCAGGGGCCACCGACUCAAUCGACGAACCGCCAGUGGAGACAGGGCAGACUGAUGUUCUCCUGUGAAUGCGGUAUUGUCGGUUACAAUCACGAACGAGGUGGCAGUUACGCUUCUUGGCCUACGGUUCAGAUAAGUACUCCCUUAUAAUUUAUUUAUUUAUUCUUAUUAUUAUUAUUAAUUAUUUCAUUCCCUUAAUCAUUAUCCUUCUUUCUUUAUUUUUUUUAAUUUUUCUUUCCAACUUUUUCAUUUUUCUCGUAUGUAUUUAUUGCCUUCUUUUUAAUAUUAUAUACUUGCAAAUUGUUAUGUCCCCGAAUUUUAGGUUGUUUCCUUUUAUUAACAAAAAAAGAGGUUUAGGUUUGUAAUUGGAGGUGCCGGUUAUCUAGGAUUUCCUGAUGAACCUGGUUCUCUAUUUCAAGGGCGAAAUGCUGCCUUGUGUCUAUGUUGACUUGUUGGCUCUUUGGCCUGGAUUGUCCUAGUAGGGGCCUUUGUUUGCUCAUUUUGCAGGUGAAGAUUCAAUUGCACAAUAGUCUAUCAGUGGCGGAUGUCUUGUCCACUAGGUGGAAUUUUGAUGAGCUUUGAUGGUGCACUUGGUAAUGACGCCCCUGAUGUUGAUGGAACCCCUUGAACUCUAUUAAUGUUUAGUUUGAUGGUGUGGUCAAGCAUAGUCACGAAGGUAGUAUUGGCUUUGUGGGUUUCCAAUCGUCAAGUAAUAUUCUCUUUGCUUUCGGAAAGUGUUAUGAAGGAUUACAAGAUCCAUUUGUUAUACUGGAGGCCAUACAAUGGUACCUGACACAUUCCUUUGUCUCUGUCAAAUUUCAUUGGGAUUCACUACAAUUGAUACGGCGGGAUGGUGGGAGGCGACUUGGCGCAUGAUCGGGGUGCAGCUCUACUGGAGGAUGCUCGGAGCUUAGCUUCUCACUUCAGCUGGAUUUCUUACUGCUUUGUUUUUCGCCGACUAAAUAGGGCUGCCCAUCAUGUGGCACAAAAGGCCCUCUCAUCGGGAGUUCGACUAUUAGUCGACUCCCGCCCUUUUUUUUCUUUCUCCUUGUGACUAUCUUUUCAACACUGACUUUGUGGGGAAAAAAACUUAGAUAAGAAGAAGAAUAUUAAUCAAUUUGAUGGUCCAUUGCAUCAUGCGCACCAUACAUAUAUUUAUUAGGCCUGAAUUCAUGCAUUGUCUCAUUAAAGUUUUCACUUAUCC